AUGGGGGGCAAAGUAGUGCAGGACGCGGCACUACAUAGCUUGACGGAAGUGGCACCACAACUACAGUUGGAGGAGCUAACCACCAGACAACAACAGGGCGUCUACUUCAUCAUCCCCGAUGAACAUAUCGACAAAGCAGGCGACCUCCUGGUGGAAGCCGGACUUCCUCCCUGCCAGCUGGGGAAACCUUGGUCCCUUGAAUUACUACAAACCCGAGCAAUAUGGUCCAAAUCCCCGCAAAUGGUAUACGCUGGAACUUACAAGAAGUCCGAGAUGCUGUGGGGAGCGCCCGAAAUCCCACUCGGCCCACCUCCCGUGAACGACCCAGACUACUGGACGAUCAAUGAUGAGCGUCUUCCAGAAGUCCACAGGGGAUUCUCUCUAGGCCGCGUUGUUGACGCGAAUUAUCCGGUCAAGAUCCCCUCGCCAGCGCGCUACGCUGAGAUGCUGACCCUCCUGUUCUUCCGGGACAAUUUCCCAGAAGAGACUUUCAGAGGGAGCCACUGGCGUUAUUUGCUGUGGGACAUGCUGACAGUACUGGAGAAGCACCGCCUCUUCGAACUGAGGGACCUUCCGCCUCGUACUCGAAGCUGGUUCAAAAUUCUGCUCGAACCCACAUGGGAAAGAGCGCAUGGGGAUGCCGAGGACAUAUUUGGGGAGGAGAUGAGGAAGUCGGGCGAGGUGCCCGAAAAAAGUCCCUGGCCGUCGGCGCAUAGGAUGCCGCCUGGAUGGCGUGAGGAGCUUAAACAGUGA